CCCACCAACUUCGGUAGGUAAUACAUUGUAUUCCUUUCUUCAUUUAUCCGCAUCCCUGACAGCUUUCCGUUGCGCCCUUGUCGCUUUACUUCCAUUCAUUCGUCAUCGUUUUUCUUGCUCAUUUUCCUCUUCAAAAAAAAAAUAAAAAGUUAAAAAAAUUCCGAUUUUCUGCAAAGGCGUCUACACUAUCGUAUUCGUUGCUUAAACCUCCUGUGAAAAGCACAGGGGCGGGCCAACAGCCAUACCCAAAAUAAGGGCCCGCCACACGUUGGCAGAUUGCAUUUUUGGUCGUUGGUCGGCUAGAACAAAGAUAUACGGAGUCAACUGUGGAGAGGGCUGUGUGGCUGCCUGUUCAAGGAUUUGGCUGUCCGUCUUCCAACACGGGAGCCCUAUCCUACUCAGAUAAAAACUGAGAGGAAUUGUUAGAACUCACCUUUGGUUAUACCUGGUCCGCUACUACUCAUCACGUUCAUCUGUCCAAGCCGCCAUCAUGUGCUUCGGCAGCAAAUCUCAGCGUGACUCGUCCGCCGUCGGACCCAAACCUGCGGCCUCUGUACCUCAGCAGAACUCGGCAUCGGUCCCGCCGGCAUCGAAGACUUCCUAUCCGGCGCCACAACAGCAGCAGCAGCAACCACAACAGCAGCCUGAGGAGUAUGCGCCGCCGCCGGGACCGCCUCCUGGAUCGUCGCAGUCUCCUCGAUCUGCGCCGCCCGUGGUCGAUGAUGACUUUGCACCACCUCCAGGACCGCCUCCUUCGCAUACCCCCCAGCCCCCAGCAGCGACAAGUGACGAUUUUGCACCACCUCCAGGACCGCCUCCUUCGCAUACCCCCCAGCCCCCAGCAGCGACAAGUGACGACUAUGCACCGCCACCAGGGCCUCCUCCCGGAGCAGCAGCAGGAAACACCACGUCAACAACAGAAUACGCACUACCCCUAGGCCCUCCCCCGGACUACAGCAAUCCGGCCGCCCCAGCCCAGCAGCAGCAGCAGCAGCAGCAACAACAACCCCAGCACGACUGGCAAGCCGCCGUCCCGGACACAUCCCUCUUCCCGCCCCCGCCGGACAUAUUUUCGCACCACGAGUUCUCUCCGGCCAACAACGCAUCCGAGUUCGAGAUGGAGGCUGGCGAGGCCUGGUGCGCGGCGCACCCCUUGUCACCGCCGCUGGCGCUGGACCCUCCGUCGGCCGCCGCCCAUGAGGCCCACAACCCGCGCCUUAUGCAGCCGGCCAACUUCCGCGGCUUGCUCCGCUGGCUCGGCCAAGGCCACUGGGAACUGCGCACCGCCGACCGUCGCUGCACCGACGCCACUGUGCUCGCCUACCCGCCGCUGUACUGCGCGGGCCGCCAGCAGCAGCCGCCGCAACCCAGCGCCGCCCCCAGAAAGCCGACUGUCGUCUACUACGAGGUCCAGAUCCGCAGCGACAGCCGCGCCGACGAGACCUCUCUGGCCGUCGGCUUCGCCGCGCUGCCUUACCCGCCAUUCCGCCUCCCGGGCUGGCACCGCGCCAGCUUGGCCGUGCACGGCGACGAUGGCCAUCGCUACACCAACGACCUGGCCGGCGGCUGCAGCUUCACGAGGCCGUUCCGGCGUGGCGAGAGGAUCGGGCUGGGCAUGAAGUUCGCCGGCGGGCCCGGCGGCAGGGUCGUCAUCUUCUUCACCAGGGGCGGUAAGAUCGACGGGAGCUGGGACCUGCACGAGGAGACUGACGCCACAGAAGUCGGCGGCGUACAGGGGCUCGAGGGCUGGCACGACAUCAGCGCCGCCAUUGGUACGUUUGACUUUGUGAGCCUUGAGGUGUUUUUCGAGCCGACCAAGUGGCUAUACAAGGGGGGUGGUCAAGACGUCAUGUAAGACGUGUUGGUCUAUCUGUUUGGUCUGCUUCUGUAACGUAAUUUGUCACGCAUGUGUUCUGGAGGGAAGAAAACAGGACUCUUUGAACGCUCUAAUUGCUCAAAUAUUUUGUUCCAAUCCGUCAUGAAAAUACCAAAGACCACAGGCCUUCUGUUAUAUUUUAUACAUUACUUCAAGAAAAGGCUGCGUGUGAUAUUCCUCGCCACCCAGAAAACAUACGCGCUGCAUUACAAAAUCUUAACCAAGCUCGUAUCCGCACCCAUCACUCUCAAAAACACGGACAAGGGGCCGACAGGCAGGAAUACCCUAUAUCGGCAGACAAAGCAAGCUAUGCCCUUGCUUUCAAUCUAAACUGUCACAUCCAACCUUGUGACUUCUUCAAGCUCCAACUUGGUCCAUGAGAUAGUUAUAGACCGAUUCCAGCCAAAUACGGCACUUCACUAAGCCUUCUUGAGCCGAGUGGACCGCCGAGUGGGCUCCUCAGGAGCCACGCUCCCGUUUUUCCUCUUCUUUUCUCCCUUGCCUGGUAGCGCCGACGGCUUACCCCCGGCUGCUACUCGCUUGGAAUUCACAACCGGGGGCGCCUCCUCCAUGGGUACGUCGUUCUCAUCCUGUAUCUCAUCAGCACUGCA